AUGGUGUGGGGUUGUAUAUCCGCUGCUGGUACUACAAAUUUGUGCUUCAUUAAAGGCAAUAUGAACCCCAAACAAUAUGUAACAAUUACGAAAGAAAAUUUGGUCCAAAGUGUUGAAAAGUUGGGAGUUAAGGACAAUUUCCAGUACUAUCAAGACAACGAUCCGAAGCAGCAGGUCCGUCUAUGGCUGAUGUUCAACUGCCCUAAAGUACAUGAAACACUUCUACAAUCGAAACAUAUCAAUGUAAUUGAACGUUUCUGGGCUCAUUUGGAAAACCAAUUGAAAAAGUAUGUUAUUAGAAACAAGAAAGACUUAGGAGAUGCUAUCAAAGAAGAUUGGGGGAAAAGAGAUCCUUUAACAUGCAAGAAGCUGGUCGAAACCAAGCCAAAAAUACUGAAUGCUGAGAGAAAAAAUACAGGCUUGCCGACUAAAUAUUAA